GGCUAUCCACAAUGCAGCUCAAGACACUCUUUUCUCUCGUGGUGCCCCUGCUGGGACUUCAAAGCUCAGUACACAGUCUCAACAUUCCACCCACUCAGGAGCUGCAUCUUCGUGACGAGAUCAACGCUCAGGGAGGCCAAUCGAACCAACUGUACAAGUUUGAGGUUAGAAUCUACAAGCGAAACAACGUCACGUGGGACGCCUUCGCCGCCUUUCUCGUCAACUCUCGCUAUCCCAAGGUGAAGCCACUGGUGGCCAAGCAUGGUGUUGCUGUUUGGACGGAGACCUUGACGCCACCUUCAGCACGAGCCAUUGCCGCAGGCGCCAUCCCUCCCGGCUGGACGGUGCCGCAAUAUGACUCCAUCUCGACUUACUACGUCAGUGAUCCCUCUGUUCUCGGCGCCUUGACCACUGACCCAGCCUGGAUUGCGUUGGAGAUUGCUGCCGCGGGGUAUGUGGAUGGGUCAAGAGGAACGCUUCUGGCCGGUUUCGAGACUGUCAAAUAUGAGAAGCCGAAGAAGGGAGGCAAAGGCAAGAAGAAGAGAGGCUGUUUGCUAGAUUAGGUGUGGUUUGAAGUAUGUUCGAGUGCUUUCAUGCCUGCGGUACUUACCUCUACAUGUAUUUACUUCCUAAAAGACAGACAUUGUUAAUGGGACAUGGAGAGGGUUGUACCUUGCCCGAGAUCAGGAGAAACAAAAACCAUGUUGGCGGAUAUACUUUCAUCAGUU